GUCUUCGGGGUCUCAUGUAAUUUGCAGAUUCAAGUUAGUUCGUGCUACGAUCCAUUCCAGUCUUUACGUACUAGUGCAUUUUUAAAAAUGGUCAAAGUGACCGAUCACAAGUAAAAAUAAAUACAAAUAUCAAGUUCCAAAUUUGGUCAGCAGUUCGUUUGUAGUUGGUUGAGUGGUAAAAAAAAUUGGUGGUUCAUAGUUAAAAAGGAAAUAAAAUGUUAGUGUUGUAGAAAUCUUUGGUGAUGGUCGAUCUAUAAUUUAUUAGACCUCAAAAUGCAGGUGAAAUUUCAAAAAGACAUCACUCAUCUAGCAAAGAUGGGACAAUAGAAAAUAAACUUCAAGCUAGGACAUAGACUGCAGAUAAAUGGAGGAGGAGUCGGAGAAGAAAAAGGUGAAAGGCCGUUUCAAGGCGGUCGCACAAAUUGAAGAGCCGGAAGUAGAGAUUACAGAAGAGCCAAAGCCUGUCCGACUAGGCAAGUUUCAAGCAAUUGUGCAAGUCGGUGAUGAGGAAGAGGAUGAACCGGAAGUGGAGGAAACCAAAGUUGUCGUUCGCCGACCAAUGUUUACCGCUACAGUGGAGGCUGAUUGUGAAGAGGAGGAGGAAGAAAGAGAAGAGGAGGAACCUGUCGCGCAAUUUCAAUGUCGAAUUGCUCCAGCCAAAAGCAGGGAGAAAAGUCCUGAGGAUGAACCGGAGGACUGGGACUUCAAGUUGCAACAAUUGAAAGAGGCAUUCUUCAUGUUUGACUUCAAUCAAGAUGGUGUUAUUGAUCGACAAGAUCUAAAAAUGACUAUGGCUGCUUUAGGCCAAGAUGCUGAUUCUGAGGAGAUAGACAAAAUGAUGGAAGAGGCAAACGAGCCCCUGACCUUUGAUUCAUUUGUUACACUCUUUGGUCAGAAGAAGCUAGACUUGGAUGGAGAAGAUGUCCUUCGGGAGGCAUUAUCUAAAUGGGAUACUGAUAAUUCUGGAUUGAUUUCAAUGGCUCAAUUGCAACAAGAUUUGAUGACUUGGGGUGACAAGUUUACAGCACGCGAGGUAGAGUUAGCUUUGGAGGAGGCGCCAAUAAUAGAACCAGGUGGAUCAGAUCUACCAGUUGCAGAACCCAUGAUGGAUUACAUAAAAUUUUGUACACAACUAAGCACUCUACGAGACAAAAAACAGUAACUGAGGCGUAGACAAAAUCAAUGCACCAGUUCUUUGCAAGUUUUAUUCGUUCUUAAAAUCAAACAUGAAAACAUGCAUCAAAAGAAAAUUUUCUUGGAUAUGAUUUUCUUAAGGAAAAAAUAAAAUUGAACAUUUUUGGAUUUGAAGGACCAUU